CGGCGGGAGCGCCCCCGUCCCCCCGGAGGGACCGCCGGGCCGAGGCGGCGACAGCAGCGGCAGCGGCGGGGCCGGGAUAGAGUGGCCAGGGCGGGGCUGCGCAGCGCAGCCAGGGCCCACCGAGCUCUUCAUCUCCCAGCGCGGCCCGGCCGAGUUCGCCGCGCCCCUUGGGCCUGGCAGGGUCACCUUCAUGGGCGGGCGGCAGCGCGGGGUGCCCGGGGCCUGGUGAAGCGUCGCCUAGGCAAAGCGAGGAGCGGAGGCGGCGGGACCUGGAGCGAUGUUCGUGCAGGAGGAGAAGAUCUUCGCGGGGAAGGUGCUGAGGCUCCAUGUGUGCACCAUGGAGGGUGCGGAGUGGCUGGAGGAGGUCCCCGAGGACACUACGGUGGAGAAGCUGAAGGAGCGGUGCCUGAAGCACUGUGUACCUGGGAGCCUGGAGGACCCAAAAACCGUGACACAUCAUAAGUUGAUCCAUGCUACUUCUGAGAAGGUGCUGACAGACACCAAAACAGUGUUGGAGGAAAACAUUCAGGAUAGAGAUGUCUUGCUUUUGAUCAAGAAGCGUGCGCCACCUCCGCUCCCCAAAAUGGCAGAUGUGUCAGCAGAGGAGAAAAGGAAACAAGAGCAGAAAGCUCCUGAUAAGGAUGCCAUCCUCAAAGCAACUGCAAACCUGCCCUCUCGCAGCGUGGAUCGCACUGUGGCCCAUCACAACAUGAGGGAUUUUCCUUUCUUGCAGUUCCAGACAGAGCUCCGGAAGAUCUUACUGUCUCUGAUAGAAGUUGCACAGAAAUUGCUAGCACUGAACCCAGAAGCAGUUGAAUUGUUCAAGAGAGCAAAUGCCAUGCUGGAUGAGGAUGAGGAAGACAGAGUGGAUGAGAUAGCUCUGCGACAGCUUACAGAAAUGGGGUUUCCAGAAAGCAGAGCUGUCAAAGCCCUUCGGUUAAAUCAUAUGUCAGUGACACAAGCCAUGGAGUGGUUGAUAGAACAUGCAGAUGACCCUGCAGUGGAUGCUCCACUUCCAGGCCAGACUGCAUUAGAAGCCACAGAUGAAGCUGGUGCAUCCUCUGCUGAAGCAACUGCGGGUCCUAGUGCAGAGGCAGGUGGGGAAGAAGCCAAGGAUGAGCUGACAGAACUAUUCAAGAAGAUCCGGAGGAAAAGAAAGUUUCAUCCAGACCCACGAGCUGUCAUUGCCCUGAUGGAGAUGGGAUUUGAUGAAAAAGAAGUGGUAGAUGCACUCAAAGUGAACAACAACCAUCAAAAUGCAGCUUGCGAAUGGCUGCUGGGAGACAGAAAGCCUUCUCCAGAGGACUUGUAUAAGGGCAUUGACACCAAUAGCCCUCUCUUCCAAGCCAUCUUAGAAAACCCAGUGGUACAGUUAGGGUUAACCAACCCUAAAACUCUACUAGCCUUUGAAGAUAUGCUUGAAAACCCCAUGAACAGCACUCAGUGGAUGAACGAUCCAGAAACUGGGCCUGUCAUGCUGCAGAUCUCCCGAAUCUUCCAGACGCUGAACCGCACAUAGAGGGGGAUGCCAGUCCACUGUGCCACUUCCUGCUGCCCCUCACUUCACUUUCUCCUCAUCAGGAGGGCACGUGCAUUGCUUGGAGAGGGGGGCAGAUGGAAGGGGAAGGGGAGGAGAUCCCAUUGGAAAGGAUCUCUCACACAAGAGCUUAACGUAGUUACGGCCAACGGAAGUGAGCUGCCUUGUGGAUUUAGUGUUAGAGGUUUGAGGACUUGCUUCUGUUUUCAGGUAUUAGGUUUUAAAUAAAAUAUAUCCAAACAUAAAAAAAAUAGGAAAAGGUUGUGUGAAAACAAACAAGAAUCUGAUUGUUGGAAAGAAGCAGGAUCACAACUUGUUCCAAAGGCCUGUGACAGUAGUUUUCUAAGCCAGUUUUGCUAGCGUCUGGCUAGUGUUUACAAAAGGUCACUGACCACUAGCACAGGAUAUUCAUCAUCUCCAUACAGUAUUAAUUUAUGGUUAAAUCAAACUAUACAGUGCUUUUAAAAAUUGAUUCUUAGAAAAGGUUUGGGUUUUGUUGGGUGUUUGGGGUUUUUUUUUUGGAAGUCCAAAUACUGGGAGGGCAAACCCAUUUCUAUCCAGACUCGUUUAUCCUGCAGUAUAAUUUAAACAGAAUCAUCCAGAGGUGAAAUUCUUUGAUAAAUAGCAUUACUUUUUCCUAUUUAUUUUCUGUGUUGGUGGCAUUGCAGUCCCACACUGGUUGUACUUGGAGGAGACUCCGGCAGCCACCUUAAAGAUGCAGGAUCUCCUUCACAACACAGCUCACUUUGCCAGGAUUUGGAUUCUUGAGUAGGCUGCAGUUCACAAGUUCAGUCUCUGCCAUAUCCUAGUGCAAGGAGGGAGGGAGAGAUUCACUUGGUGGAGUCUGUUUUUCUGUGCACAGCUUUAGAAGGGGACACUUGAGGUUUUUUUUUUACUUUGUUUACAGAAAGGCAACUAAUUUGCAUGGAGCUUUCUUUGGUGAUCUGUAAAGCAGCAGCACCCACUUAGGCUUUUCUCUCCUUCAGCACAUUUAAAUGCACGCUUCAAGUUGUUGUUUUCUUUUGAGGUAAGAGUGGUUUUUGUCAGUGCUUGCUUUUACCUUGGAAACAUCAAGAAUGUCAGGCUGUGUCUUUUCCUGUUUUGUCAGAAUGACCUCAGGUUUCAAGGAGUUGUGAGCUUCUAAGAGCAGAACUCACUAUGAGUAUCCAGCUAGUUUUUUGUGACUGAGCUCAGCAGGUGCUACCUUUUUAACACUCUGACCAAAAAUGGGAUUUCUUUUCAAAUUAGUGGGGCAAAACAGCUCAGGUUUCUCAUGAUCCUUCUCCUGUCUUCUGCUUCACAGCCCCCUGUUUACUUAAUCUUUUUUGAAAGACAGGCUAGGCAAAACCUGCCUCACCAAAAUGCAGAGUAACCAGGUGGAGACCCUAUCCUUUGAACAGCACAGAGGUGUCCUGUUGGAGAGAUCCCAGCCAACUCUGCAGCUCACCUUGUGAGCUCCCCUUGUGUGGUGUUGUGCAGUUGGGAUUUUUAAACAAAAAUGCAACAAGAUGCAACCUGAAACCCUACAACAAGUUUUGGCCUGAACUUGGCAUCUCACCUGUGUUGUUAUGCAGCUGAGGUGCUGAAGUUGCCAAUUUCACAUAAUUAAUAUGAAGGGUGGGGAGAUGAAAACAGCAUGAGAUUUUAUCUGCACUUACUAUCCCAGGAUGAUUUCUUUUGUAAUUUGUAAUUUCAUAUAAAGCUUUUACAGUUCA